UCCCUCCUUCAGGCGCUUUGCCUCCUUCGCACAUUCGGGAAUGCCGAGAAACGACCCGCCCGACAGUCCCUGCUCGGCUUGAACCCCGAAAGAUCACAGAAGAAGAAGAAGAAGGAAGAACGAAGCUCAAACCCACAAAAAAAAAGUUUGCUUUUUUCUGCGCCCAUCUGAGGAAACUCCCCUUACCACGCAGCAAUGAAGGAAAUCGUCACGGUGCAAGUCGGAGGUUUUGCUAAUUUCGUCGGCUCUCACUUCUGGAACUUCCAGGAUGAAUUACUAGGACUGGCUGAGGAUCCCUGUGCUGACUCUGUCUUUAAGAAGCAGCACUUAGAUAUGGAUGUUCUCUAUCGCACUGGUGAGACACAACAGGGAAUUUUGACUUACACUCCUCGUCUGGUUUCCAUAGACUUUCAAGGAUCUCUUGGAUCUAUGAGUUCACAUGGUACAUUGUACAACCAUGAACCGACAAUUCCAUCGGAUAUCACUACAUGGACUGCUGGUGUAUCCACUCAUACGGCUGAACGUCAUAAGAAGAAUUUGUUCUUGCAAAGUUUGUAUGAAGAGCAGGAUAGAGCUGUGGAUAAGAGUGGACCUCAAGGAGAAUAUCAGGAUAAGGAUAUAGUUGAAAGCUUGGGAAAGGGUGUUAAAUUCUGGACAGACUUCUCAAAAGUCCACUAUCAUCCUCAGAGCUUGUAUGAAUUAAGUGGAUUGUGGAUGGAUGCUCGGGAAUUUGACAAUUAUGGAAUCGGAAGGGAUGCCUUAUCUCAUGGUUUGCAAGGGGAAGAAAUAAGUGAGAGGCUUCGUGUUUUUGUAGAAGAGUGUGACCGUGUUCAGGGUUUCCAAUUUAUGGUUGAUGAUUCUGGCGGUUUCUCAGCUGUUGCUUCAGAAUUACUGGAGAACAUUGCUGAUGAAUAUUCUAACACACCAGUUUUGCUCUAUGCACUUCGGGCUCCUGAGUCUUAUGUAAACCUUGGAAAGCGGAAGCAAACCAUCUUGAGGAGUCUGCAUGAUGCAGUUUCAUUUUCACGGCUUGCAUCUUACUGUCAUCUUGUUGUGCCGGUUGGUUUACCUUCCUUAAGUACAAGUAGAGCAUCCUCUUUCUUUUGCAUCGAGGACGAGAGACCUUACCACUGUAGUGCUGUUUAUGCUGCUGCUCUACACUCUAUUAGUUUGCCUUUUAGGAUGGGAUCUCUUGCGCCCACUGCCGAUCUGCAUUAUGUGUCUGGUGCUGUGGAUGUUGGUGAUGUUGUACGAAUACUAUCGGGACAGUCUAGAAGAAAUAAGGUGGCUAUUCUGGACAUGGCAAUGCCUGCACCUUCUUUGACCGGGAAAGAGUCUGGAGAAAGAUUGCUCAACAACUUGCAUCCAGUGACGCCUGAGAUAACAGAGGAUGUGGAAGACUUGCAGGCUGUCGAAACUAUGACCAUUCAUGGAGUGCUUGGGCCAGGUGGUCAUCCUGCAUCAGCUUCUGAAGUGAAGGACACGAUACAUGCCACAUACGAGCAUACCUCGACAAGGCCAAAAUUCUGCCACUUAUCAGUGGCUCAUUCUCCUCUUCCAAUUCCCUUGCCAUUUCCAUCCAUCUUUAAGAAUGUCGUGGGCCAGCGUGGUGAGCUCUUGGAGAACCCAACAGCAAGUCCGCUAUUGAAAGGUUCGCUUGAGGUUCAUUCGGUCCCUAUGGCAGUUAGACUCCGUUCCAGCAGUGCGAUCCUUCCAUACCUGGAAAAUAGGCUUGGAUAUCUCCGUAGGUAUGGAGUUGACAGAGGAGCUCCUGGGGCUGAGUUAGUGCGGAGCUGGGGUUUCGGAAAGGAUGAGUUGGAAGAUUUUGGGGAAGCUCUGUCCAAAAUGAUUAACGAACUGAAGCCUCACAGUGAAGUGUCAUCGGAUUCAGAUUGAAUGUAAUGUUAUCCUCCAUAUCCCUUGGAAAUGAUGGUUUGACUUUGAUAAUUUUAUCUUGCUGAAGUGAUGGGGAAGUUCAGACAUUGCAUGAGCUGUUUCACUCCAUAUUGCGUGUCUAUAUUAGGCAUUGUGUCCAUCAAUUUGAUCUAUAUCAGAUCACUGCGGCAUUGAUCGACUUGAUGGCUUGGUUCCACUGUUUUAGUCAGUGUCACUAGAAAUAUAUUGUUUGAUAUCUUG